AAACACCACCAUUUCUCAACCCCACGCGCCGGCGGGUUGAAAAAAACAAAAAAAAAACUCAUUUUCUCUCUCUCCAUUUAACACCAGCCUCAAAACGCUGCCGUUUUUCGAAGCCGGUUCGAUCUCUGGGAAGAAAUGGGUUCGGAGCUGAUAUUCCGCGGGCACGAGUCGCAGCCGGUGAGCGACGCCUAUUUCCCGAAGCCGCCGAAGCCGUGGCUGAGCGUGGCCCGCCCCAUUCGCUACAUCCUCCGCGAGCAGCGCCUCCUCUUCGUCUUCGUCGGCAUUGCCAUCGCCACUCUCGUCUUCAGCCUCCUCCCCAAGCCGAUCGACGAUUCCUCCUACAUCCCGGCCGAGUUGACUCAGUCCCGCCCCCACCGAUCCAUGUACCAGAACGGCCACGUGGCGACCGGGUUCGGCAUCAACUCGGUGGGCAAAAUCCCCCUCGGGCUGAAGCGCAAGGGCCUCCGCAUCGUGGUCACCGGCGGCGCCGGAUUCGUCGGCAGCCACCUCGUGGAUCGCCUGAUGGCGAGGGGCGACAGCGUGAUUGUCGUCGACAAUUUCUUCACCGGGAGGAAGGAGAAUCUCGUGCACCACUUCAGCAAUCCCAGAUUCGAACUGAUUCGACACGACGUCGUCGAGCCUCUCCUAUUGGAAGUCGACCAGAUCUACCACCUCGCCUGCCCCGCCUCCCCCGUCCACUACAAGCACAACCCCGUCAAGACUAUCAAGACGAAUGUGGUGGGGACACUGAACAUGCUCGGCCUAGCCAAGAGAAUCGGUGCGCGGUUUUUGCUAACGAGCACCAGUGAGGUGUACGGUGAUCCGCUGCAGCAUCCUCAAGUCGAGACCUACUGGGGAAACGUCAACCCAAUCGGUGUCCGGAGUUGCUACGACGAGGGGAAGAGGACGGCUGAGACGUUGACAAUGGAUUACCACAGAGGCGCCGGAGUUGAGGUUAGGAUUGCGAGGAUUUUUAACACGUAUGGUCCUCGUAUGUGCAUUGAUGAUGGUCGUGUUGUCAGCAACUUCGUUGCUCAGGCUUUGAGGAAGGAGCCACUAACUGUUUAUGGUGAUGGAAAGCAGACAAGAAGCUUCCAGUUUGUUUCUGAUCUGGUCGAGGGACUGAUGCGGUUGAUGGAAGGAGAGCACGUCGGCCCUUUCAAUCUUGGUAACCCGGGCGAGUUUACCAUGCUCGAGCUUGCUCAGGUGGUACAAGAGACUAUCGAUCCAAAUGCUAAGAUUGAAUUCAAGCCCAACACGGAAGAUGACCCGCACAAGAGGAAGCCCGACAUCUCCAAGGCGAAGGAGCUGCUGGGCUGGGAGCCCAAGAUAGCCCUUCGUAAAGGUCUGCCGAUGAUGGUGUCAGACUUCAGGCAACGGAUCUUUGGAGAUCACAAGCAAGACGCUGCUGCCACCUCGGCUUAGAGUCCACGAUGUGUGAGUAAACCUAGUGAUGGAGAGGAGAGUUGCUAAUCUAGCAACGGAAUGAGUACGAGUGAAUGGUAUGAUAGAAGCAAAGAAGGCAGAGAGAUAUCGGCUCAAGAUUUGCAUCUUAGCUUAGCUCCUACAGGUUAUUUGUGAUAUUGCUUUUAUGUUUCUUCACUUUUUAUCUUCUUUUUUUGGAAUUUUAAAUCAUUUGUAGACGCGUUUACUUUUUACAUACAAGUAUUAUUAUUAUAAAAUUUGGAUUAUUUUCCCUAAA